UAAGCCCCGUAUGGACUUGAAGUAGAAAAUGGCCUCAUAUGAGUGGCAAUUUGUGUAAAGUGGGCGUUGAAUAUUGCGGAUUCUCUUGAAGGUGGCCGUCCGUGGACGUUCAGGGCCUCGGAGGGCGCCGGCGAAAUGACAUGAGCGGCGUCUGAACAGAGAUCGCCCGCAUCAUGAAUAUCAUGCGAAAGUUGGCCCGUGUCGGGGGCGGUUCGUCCGCCUCCACGACGGCCUCAGCAGCCCAGAAGGACGACCCGAAUCAGAAUUCGCAGCAACACAUGGCACUGGGACUGAUGCACCUGAAGAAACUCUUUUCGGAGUUCAUUCACCCCAGCCACCCUUUGAACGAAAAGGAACGGGACGACAAGCUUUACAACAUGCUCCCAUUGUUUUGCAAGGUUUUUGGGACUUGCUCAUCGCACGAGAUGGUGGAAAAAUUUCGAGACGUGCAUACAUUCUGUACUUACGUUUCGAAGCUGAUGGUUUCGGAGAUCAGGAAGCGAGCAUCAAACCAAUCGACGGAGAGCGCCAGCUGUGCCAUUGCCAAGUUCUUGGAGAUAGAAAACUCUGAAAACACAAGCAACGGAUGGAUGCUAUUAACUGCACUGAAUUUAUUGGCGGAAGGAGAAUUGUCGUUGAUUCAGGCGAUGACUGUGGCUGCGCUACCCUCAACAUUGGUUAAAUGCCUGUACCUCUUUUUUGACCUGCCCGAGAUGGAGAAUGAAAAUGUGAGUGAGCCAGGCAGCGAAUUCACCCCUUGUGAGAGACGUGUGUUGCUGCAGAAAAUUUUUGUGCAGCUGUUGGUAAGAUUGUGCAGUCACCCUCCGCCCGCCGAAGAACUGGCCAGGAAGGACGACCUGGCCCUCUUGUUCUCCGCCAUCACGAGCUGGUGUCCGGCGCACAAUGCAGUGUGGAGGAAAAGCGCAGCUGAGGUUUUGAUGACAAUAUCGAGGCAUGGGCUCAGCCAGCAGGUGGUUGCCUACAUCCAUAGCAAAGGCUGUAUUUCCCUAUGCAUAGAUAACAUGCAACGGGUGACCGAAUUAUCCCCCUUGGAGGUAGUCGAGAUGUUUGUGACCGUUUUCUGUUUUCUCAAAGACUCGAGCGAGGUUGCUCAAUCAUUGUUGGACGACUUCAAGUCGUGUCAGGGAUAUCAAUUCAUUUCCGAGUUUCUCUUGAAGCUCGAGCAGGACGAAGCAAAGGAGAACCAGGACGCCAUUCGGAACCUAGUCCUCCUGUUAGCGUCGCUCACAAUGUGUGGCCACAAUGAGCUGCAACCGAGCCAGGCCAGCGUUGGCUCCUUGUUUCGAAUCAUGGGCUUUUUGCUGCCACAGCCGGCAGGACGAGGUGCCAGUGUUCGGAAUAUUCAAGCCUUCCAGGUGCUGCAGUCCGUCUUCUUAAAGGCCACUUCAUCCAAUUUGUGCUGUACCAUACUGGAUGCCAUCUCUAGCGUGUACCACGCAGACAAUGCCAAUUACUUCAUCCUAGAGGGCCAAAACACACUGCCGCAGUUUGCUGAAAAAAUUCACCUUAAGCCGAUGGAAAUUCAGGAGAAGUUUUUCCACCUGCUCGAGUUUAUAGUUUUCCAGCUCAAUUUUGUACCUUGCAAAGAACUCAUUUCUCUCUCAAUCAUUCUUCGCGACCAGUAUUCCAUUCCCUGCAGCAUCACGUGCAUGCAAACGCUUAAAGACAUUUUGAAGCACAACAUUGUUUUCAAGGACGUCUACAGAGAAGUGGGCCUGCUAGAAGUGUUCGCCACCUGCCUUGAAAGGUACGCAGCUCUCAUCAGGGAUGCAUCAGGAGACAAAUCGGCACUGUCCGAGGAGCAGAUAACCCUGGGUAUCAUGACGAUAGAGGCUCUCAUCACACUUUUAAGUGGAAACGCAAACAAUGCAGCAGUAUUUAGAGAGAGUGGAGGGGCCAAAUGUGUGCACAACUUGGUGCAGUUCAAAGAUUGCAGGCAAGAAGCCUUGACAAUGGUUAAGGAAUUGAUCCUGACGACCGGUGGUGAUGAAGAUCUGGGAAUUUUACUGGCCACUAUGCACUCGGCGCCACAUUCAAACCUCGAACUAAAAUCAGAUAUUCUCAAAUCCCUUCUGACAUGUCUACGAGAAAGUCACAGGACUCGGACGGUCUUCAGAAAAGUGGGUGGCUUUGUUUAUGUGAUGAGUGUGCUUGUAUCGAUGGAAGGAAGUCUGCAGAACCAGCCAGCGGAUCUUUGGAGGGGAAUCAAAGUUUCCGAGGUGCUCUCUUUGCUACAUCUUGUUUUUAACACAGUUUCGGUUGCAAUGAGGUUUGAACCAGCAAAUGCAAAAUUUUUCCAGCAAGAAAUUUGUUUUAGUACAUUGUGUGAUAGCAUCCGAUUGCUCGGCUGCUUUUCUAGUCAAAAAACAAUUCCAGAAACAUCUGAAGAUUUACCAUCACCAAAUCAAAAGGACGAAAGCAUAUUUCAAAAAGUCUUUACAGGCAACGUUCUGAACCCAGCAGUAGAUGAUAACAUUCCGCGAGACCUGACACACGCAACUAUUUUGCUACGCAUGCUUUACGACUUGGCCCUUGAUUUAUACGACAAAGUCUCGAACAAUUCACACGCGAACAUUGCCAGCAUCGCAAUACGAUCCCCCAGACGCCAUGUUGAAAAUUCUCAUUCAGCGAAGAAAAAUGUGGCGAAUUUAAAUUUAACACCACCACCCUCGGACCCUAUCAUCGUUCAUCCUGGAGUAGUUGUUGCCAUGCUUCACCUGUUGCCUUCAAUACAGUGUCAAGAUGUAUAUCAAUCACUAACGUUACAAGUUUUUUGCUCCGAGGUUCUCAAAUCGCUGGUUCGGUCUGAGAGGAAUCAGCAAGUUAUGUGUGAAGCUGGAAUGCCUGGCGAACUUUUAAGGUGCUGUGCUGUUGCCCUGGAGGAGGAAACGCACCCACUACACCCUUCAGUACAGUACAUGCUUGAAAGGCUGGCCGCUCAAACGCUUGAGGCUAAAGAUUUAAGGUCAUUUCUCCGUUUAGGUGAACCUUUGAAUACUCUAGCAAUAGAAGAUUUUGAAGCAGUGAACUCUCGGAAACCCUCUCACCGGAAGCCCGGCGGCCCCGUUCCUUUGACAAGAAUAAAAACACUCGUAUCCAUGACGACACCUAGGGAUUUCAGACUACACGGCGCCUCAAUAUUGCCUCCAUUCGUUGAAUUUGACAUGAGUGCAGAAGGGUUCGGAUGCCUCUUUUUACCAAGUUUGGCACCACAAUCUUCAAAUAUCCAGGGUGCAGUAACUUCUGGAGGCCAACAGGACAUUAACGUGGUUGGAGGUAUUGGCGCCGGAGAUCGGAUUUUUCCCCCAGCAGCAGGACUCACGUUUUCAACGUGGAUGUGUGUAGACAAGUAUUCAGACCCACGUACAGAUCCACACUGUGUUCGGCUGCUUACAAUCGUGAGGCACAUUUUUGGAAAAGAAGAUCCAUUGGCGUGUUUGACAUUUGUUUUGUCAGCGCGGGACAAAGCAAUUAUAGUAAGCACACAGGAAAUCUCUGUUCCUCACAAUGUUGGUGAAUGGGAACCGGACGUUUGCGGUGACGGAAGCUCUCGAGUCUGGUGCCCUGACUUGCUGCAAGAAGGCCAGUGGCACCAUAUUGUGCUUGCUAUCAAUCGACAGUCAGCAAAAAACUCAUCAUUCUCAAUUUUCGUUGACGGCCAGCAUAUUCACACACAAAAAAUGCAUUAUAUUGCACAAAAUCCAGGUGGCGGCUCGGCAAACUUGCACGUGCCUUCGUCCGUUUACGGCUUCAUUGGAACACCACCGUCCUGGAGAAAGUACUCAAGAUUAUCUUGGAAACAGGGACCUUGUCAAUUAAUUGAAGAAGUUCUUAGCCCUCAAAUGAUUUCUAUUAUACACAGGUUAGGGCCUCAAUACAUGGGGAGUUUGCAGGCACCUGAAAUUAACCAUUCAGAGUCUCAUGCUCCUUUGAUCGCUGAGGAAAAGUUGAUGUUUGGCCUGAACUCGAAAGCAGUCUCGCAGUUAACGCUUGCAAAAAUAAGGAAAGUCUACAGCAGGGCCGACAAUCGUGCAAUUGCUAAACAACUCGGAAUGUCAUCGCACGAAAACGCUACACCAAUAAGAGUACUGCACAACUCGGCUGGUCAUCUCUCAGGACCUGCAAGGACGCUUGGAGGAGUGGUGAUAGGCUACUUGGGCGUCAGAGUAUUUUCACCUCGUCCUGUGGCCAAAAUGGUUGAGAGUGUUGGUGGAUGCAAUGUGCUGUUGGGCUUAAUUGCAAUGGCAAAAGAUGUUGAAAGCCUCUAUGCCGCGGUAAAAGCGCUCGUGUGCGUUGUGAAAAGCAGCCAGUCAUCACAGCAAGAGAUGGAUAGAAAAAGAGGAUAUCAAAUGUUGGCCACACUUCUGAGAAGGAAAAAGCCAUUGCUAAAUUCACAUAUUCUACACUUGGCCUUCAGUUUAGUCGGCACAGUAGAUAGCGGACGAGAAAGCUCAUCUAUUCCAAAUGUGGCUGCUUAUAGAGAUUUGCUAGGAGAUUUAGACGUAUGGUACGAAGCGCCAGGUGACCUUACCCGCUCUCUAUUCGAGCACCACUUGGAGCUUAUUGCGGAGUCAAGCGAGAAGAAAACAAACCUGAAAAUUGCGAGGGAACUAAAUCUACUGCCUAAAUUGCUCAGGAUACUUUUGACAGCUGCACCAAACAACAACUACAACCAGUGCCUAUUGUCAUUGAUUGCAGCUCUGCUAGCCAACAGUCCAAGACCACACGACCUAUUGGUUUUUGGUCAAGCAAUGGCAUCAACGUUGUCUGUCGCAAAUGCUCCCACAGAAAAACUUUUGACCUUGACUGACGUCCAGUUUGAGAACAAUGACAAUGAGCUAAAUGAUAUUUUAGCCAACAUAAUACUGCGAAACAAAUGUCUGCAAAUUUUACACUCACUGCUUUUCCUAAAUAACAAAGUAUGUAUGAGCUUCUGUGACGAAGUGACCAAAACUCUCGGCUUUGACUGGGUACUACUUUUCCUCCAGGGCCAUCUGCACCCAACGACAGUUGUUUGGGGUCUUAGGAUUUUAGUUGUGCUGAACUCCUGCCCAAAUUUAAUUCAACGUUUUAGAGACGGAACUCACAAUGGAGGCUGGUUGAAAGAAACCGAAUCGGUUAACAAUCAAAUAGGAAUGUUGGCGGGCUAUCAAAUUGGGUCUCCGUUGAACAAAUCAGGCCCUCAAAGUCCAAAACUGACUGACCUCUCUAAUGUGCACGGCUUUCAGCGACUCGAAUGGAUUAUGCCGCAGCAUAUCGCUAUUCCAGAAGUUUACUUUUUACUAGUGGCAUUGGUGAUGGGCCAACCAGUGCGACUGCUUCCCGCUGACUUGAAACUGAACCUUGACUCUAUAUGGAAUUUCAUGUUCGGAGUCCCUGCGAGCCAGUCUGUCACCAGCUUAGCCGGACGAGUCACUCUUUGCGCUGAGGCUGUUAUCGCUCUCCUGGCAAUGGUUCGUGCCAUGCUUAACCAUGAACUUCGAAAACCUGAGGGUUUACCAGAAUGGCUUAGAGACUACCCAGUCACCAUAAUCCAAUUUCUAUAUUUCCUGUACCAAAAUAUGGCGGACUUCAUGCCCAUUUUUAUGAGUGCAGACGUCCUUCUAGCUUUGGCUUCCACUCUGUUUCCUAGACAAGGCAGUGAAGUUUCCAGCGGAUCGUCAACACCAAUGGAAGACGUGAAAACAAAAAACAGUAGCCACUCACCAAUGACCAGGUCACCCUCCAAAGACAUGGCUUUAACCACGCAUCCAGCAAAGAAAUUUGUGAUGGACUUUCUUCGCGUCAUAAUCGUUGACUCACUUUCAUUGCCCGUUUCUGGAAAGGGACCUCCAACAAUAGAUAUUAUAUUAGAAGCUUCUCCAGAUAAAUGCAGCUCAGUUCAACAGAGCAUUUUCCAAACCGAGCUCUUGGCCAUCCUAAUGGAGCAUCUACUGGCUGCAGACGUCCUUAUCGGAGAACAAGCUGCGCUACCAGUGGUGCCCGGAGGCAGUAUUCAAAAUUUGGCUCCGAAUGUAUAUUAUCUAGCAGGCAGAAUUGUGGACAAGAUGUGGCAGGGCUCGUUUACCAGAGACCCUCACGAUGUUUUUGAAUUUGUUAUAAAACUGAUCGCUCAAGCAAAGAGAAGACCAGCAACCAUGGCCACAGUGUCAACUGAAGGAAUAUAUCAUUGCCUAAACAGAACAAUUCUUUAUUUGUUGUCUCGUUCUACGAACGCAAUUGCUGAGCAAAUGUCUGUGCUGGACACAUUGCACAAAAUUACAAGUCACCGCAAUUUAGUGUUUGGUGCAGGAAACCACGAACUAGAAUUCUUUGGCUGCCUCACGUUUUGCCUGCUGCAGCUCACUUCUGAUCUAAAAAUUAACGCUGACGUUACUGCAAGGACAACCUGGGUUGUAAAUCCGAACGAGAGGCCAAAUUCAGCAGAAGAAACCGCGAUGAACACGGUCCAGGGCAUGAAUUUGAUGAGUGUAGCGGCCAAGCGAGUAUGGGAAGAGCUCUAUGUUUCGAAAAAACCUGCAAUUGAAGAGAUUUUCAAAAUCACUUUACCAGCACCCAAGGACAAAGCACCUCAUUUGAUGAUAGUCAGAGAACAUGUUCUGGAGGCGGCACACAAAACAUGGAGUGCUUACAUCGAGAUGGAGAAAAAAUCUUUUUUCAAGAUCCCAUGGGAGUCCCACAAUCAAAUUCAAUCGAAAAUUCAAAAAGUAACUGGAGGUCUGACGCGCCUGGCUAGCAGGACAAAAGUGAAAAAAGAUGAAGCUGUCAAAAUAAAAUACACGUCUGCUAUGAUGAACGAUAUCAACAAUCAGGUGUUGAACCAAAUAGCUUUAGUUAGGGAGCUUGUGAUGGCACAGCUUAAGCACCAUGUUGAUACGAGUCAGCACAUGCAGCAAUACCUACUAGACGAGUGGCUAAAAACGGAGGCUGAGUUGACUCGCGAGAGAGGUCUUUGGGGACCAAUGAAGGGCAGCAAGCUGGAUAAGUGGAUGCUGGACAUGACAGAAGGUCCGUGUCGAAUGAGGAAAAAGAUGAUGAGAAAUGACCUAUUCUACAUGCAAUACCCCUACAGACCUGAAAUGGAAAUGAGUGAUGUAAGGGCUAUAAAAUAUAGGGUGGCAUCUAGCCAUGACAGCAGAGAGUACUACCAACGCUUCAAACCUCAAAACAUGUUCGAGAGAGAUAAUAACCAACAAGAGACUCUGCCAGACGUUUUCUCCACUGCGAGUGUGGAGUCCAUGGACAACGAGAAUGAAGAUUUUAAAGAUAUUGGAUUCCAGUGUCUUCACGGUGCCCUAAUGAGACCGAAUCGCAGCAUCUCUGAGCAGGAUGAAGACAACGUAGACAAUGAGAUGGACCCAAAUAAUGACCACGGUGGCCAGGUAGAUGACGCGACUGACAAUCAAACUUUGAUGCGGUUGUUAGAAGACAAAGAAAAAGUCAGUCAUAUGUUCAGGUGCGCAAGGAUUCAAGGCCUGGAUACAACGGAGGGCCUUCUGCUGUUUGGUAAGGAGCACCUAUAUGUCAUCGAUGGUUUCACAAUUUUAAAGUCGAGAGAAAUCUGUGAUAUUGACAACCUGGACAACGCGCGCUCUAAUCAGUAUGAGCCCAUUCUACCAAGCACUGGCAGCCCUCGAAGGUCACGCAGAAUGCGUCAGUGCUCAAAAUUCUCGUAUGAAGACAUCAGAGAGGUGCACCUAAGGAGGUACCUUCUGCAGCCGAUUGCUCUGGAAGUUUUUUCCAGCGACGGGAGGAACUACUUACUCGCCUUUUCUAGAAAGGUUCGUAACAAAGUAUAUCAACGGCUGUCCACUGUUGCAACCUCGAUGGCCGACAGCGCUCACCAGUCGGUUGCUGGACAAAAACGAACAGCCAGCGUGGAACAAACUGCUAGUAUUUUGUCCAGCUUGAUUGGUGAAACUUCAGUGACCCAGCGAUGGGUCAGAGGCGAGAUUUCCAACUUCCAGUAUCUGAUGUACUUGAACACGCUUGCGGGAAGGAGUUACAAUGACCUUAUGCAGUAUCCAGUCUUUCCAUGGAUUCUGGCUGACUAUGAUUCAGAAGAACUAGAUCUGACUAACCCAAAAACAUUUAGAGAUUUUUCAAAGCCAAUGGGGGCUCAGAGCAGUGAUCGUUUGGAACAAUUUAAGAAGCGCUACAGAGAGUGGGAUGAUCCGCAUGGUGAAACGCCACCUUAUCAUUACGGAACACAUUACUCUUCGGCUAUGAUAGUCUGCUCUUAUCUGGUUCGCAUGGAGCCCUUUACGCAGCACUUUUUGCGCCUACAAGGAGGCCACUUUGACUUGGCCGAUCGCAUGUUUCACAGCAUCAAAGAGGCCUGGACAUCUGCUUCUAAACACAACAUGGCUGAUGUCAAAGAAUUGAUCCCAGAAUUUUUCUAUCUGCCAGAGUUCAUGUUGAAUUCCAACAACUUUGAUCUUGGUGCUAAACAAAACGGGGUAUUUCUAAAUGAUGUAAUUCUUCCGCCUUGGGCCAAAGAAGAUCCCCUUGAGUUUAUCAGGGUGCAUCGACAAGCAUUGGAGUGCGAGUACGUUUCAGCUCACAUGCACGAGUGGAUUGAUCUUAUCUUUGGGUGUAAGCAACAAGGACCUGGGGCUGUUGAAGCCGUAAACGUUUUUCAUCACCUCUUUUAUGAGGGCAACGUUGACAUCUACAACAUCGACGAUCCUCUCAAGAAAAACGCUACCAUCGGCUUCAUCAACAAUUUUGGCCAAAUACCAAAACAGCUCUUCAAAAAAGCACACCCUGCAAAAAAAGUAGCUUCAAACCGAACAUCAUCCCUCUUCGACACCGGACCUCUCCUUCCUACCGUCAGUCUCUCAUCAGGCCUAUUCUUCCACGGACUUGACAAUCUGCGACCAUCACUUGCACCAAUCAAAGAACUGAAAGCGCCAGUGGGUCAAAUUCUACAGCACGAGCGCUUUGUGCUGGCUGUUGAGCAGAACAAGUCGCUUAUGCCACCUACUUACUCCAAGUACGUCGCCUGGGGUUUUGCGGAUCACAGUCUACGAAUAGGCAAUUACGACAACGAUAAAGCUGCCCUUGUUUGCGAAGCACCGCAGAAUGGAGAGGUCGUCGCCUGCGUCUGUCCAAAUGCAAAACUGGUGAUCACAGCUGGAACGAGCACAAUAGUCACUGUUUGGGAGUACAAGAAAAAACAGCUGAAGGUCAAACAAAGUCUAUAUGGACAUACAGAAGCAGUCACGUGUUUAGCCGCCAGUCCUGCGUACAAUGUAAUUGUGUCUGGGUCCCGUGACGCCACCGCCAUUAUUUGGGAUCUUUCAAGACUCAUGUUUGUCCGUCAGCUCAUGGGACAUUCUGCACCAGUGGCUGCCGUUGCCGUCAACGAGGUGACAGGCGACAUUGCCACCUGUGCUGGUACCUGGUUGCACGUGUGGACUAUCAAUGGUGUUCAGCUGGCGUGCGUCAACACGAGCGUCGGCCGAGCAGACCGAAUGCAGCAGAUUUUGUGCGUGGCCUUUUCUCAAGCCAACGAGUGGGACCCGCAGAACGUCAUCAUGACCGGGUCAACUGACGGCGUGGCUAGAAUGUGGUCAAUUGAUUAUGUCCAGGUGCCCAAGGAAGAAACAAUAGUAGAUCAGCCAGAUGUUCCAACGACCGAGCAGGAGAAGAAAAAGGUUGUCGCUAAAGAGGAGGAAAUUUUGGAACAGCCGGAGGACAGAGUCAAACAGUUUGUAAAGCAGAUGAGCCUGUCCGGCGAAUACACAGAGGAGAACGGAAUGGUGCUGAUCAAAAGUGGCUCAGAGAGCAGUCUCACUGAAGACGAGGAUGACGCCAAGGACAAAGAGGUGUUGCCUGUACCAAACAUAGACAUUGAGGAGGUGGAUGGCAACAAGCCGAUGGGCGGCAGCUUUGAGGAGUCGAUGGUAGUGGUGCGCCGAAGACCAAGUGCCUCGCACAACAACCCUGCCUUCCGGAAGAGUGAAGGCAGCAGGUUGGCGAGCAUGUUGAGUCUCAGUGGCAGGACUAGAUCGGAUAGUGAGGGCCGCGAUGACCCAGGACCCGUCAUCGAGACGAACGCCAACAAUCCCAAUCUGCUCUCCUGCACUGGCGACAGUAUGAGGACGAGCAAGAGUGACACCAGUUUAACAGACUCCUUUGUAAUGGUGAACGAAGCUGAAGUACCCUCUGAAGUUGGAAUUCACAAGAAGAAGAACACGCAGAACAUUUUGCGUGAAGGCUUCCAAUGGCAGAGGCAAUUGGUUUUCAGGAGUAAAUUGACCAUGCACACCGCUUACGACAGAAAAGACAACGCGGAGCCAGCAUCAAUUACUUGUUUGGCUGUAUCGAAGGACCACCGUACCAUGUACGUAGGAGACGCGAGAGGCCGCGUAUUCUCCUGGAGCAUGGCAGAGCAACCGGGUCGUGCAGACCACUGGUUGAAAGACGAGGGCGCCGAGAGCUGCGUCGGCUGCGGCGUCAAGUUCAGUUUGUACGAAAGACGACACCACUGCAGAAACUGCGGGCAGCUAUUUUGCUCAAAGUGCAGCAAGUUCGAGUCGGAAAUUUCACGAUUGCGCAUACUUAAGCCCGUUCGGGUGUGCCAAGGGUGUCACGCGACCCUUCGUUCGUCGUCAACCGAAUCCCAGUCCUGAAUGAUUGCUAAAACAUCAACUAGUGAUACCGAAUCUUUUAAUUGAUAGAUAAAUAAAUGAUAAUAUAUAUGAUAAUAAUAACUUCUAACGGAAUAAAAGCAUUCGCGCGCGUUUCGUAGCAUUGUACCAAAACAGUAUAGUUACUUGUGAUCUUGGAAACGCGAACAAUAUAUUUGUAAAAUUAUAGGAAAAUACCAAAAGAUUGAAUCAUUGUAGUAAUCUAUGAAAUAGUGCAUAAAUUUAAGCGAGGGAAAUAAUGUAAUACAAUAUAUAUUGAAUGACGCUAUGUUUGUUGAUCUGCACAUCUUUUAAUUUUCUAAACGAUGCUCUGAUAUUUUUCUAGAAAACCAAAGUAUAAUGUAAAGAGAGGGGAAUCUUGCAGUGCGCAAAAAGAAGCCUAAAUAUUAAAACCCAAGCUCGCAUUCCCCGGCAGAUUUACUAAAAUACGAUGAAUGUUUGUAAUUUACGGUGCAAUUGCAGAGCAAAAUACGACAAAUAUAUAUUUUUCAUUGUUGACUAGUUAUCUGAUUUAUCUUGGAUGGAGGAUGAUUCCAAAUUAUGAUCUCAAUUUAAUUGUUGAUAAUUAAUUUUGCUCAAUCAAAAGUAAUCAGAGGAAAGGUUCUUUGUGACGAAUUAGUAUUGCUUUCAAAAAUUUAAUUUUCUACUUGUUUUUAGCUAAGCAGUCCAUAGAAUUGUUUUGUUUUCUAUUUUAUAAUAAUGGCUAUUUAAUUUAAAGCUAAUUGCAUUGAAGUGUUUGAUCAUCUCAUAUAUGCGAAAGUAAAAAUCAUCCAGUGUGCAGAGACAAAUUGGCUGUAUGGAUAAAUUUCUCGUUCCCCCUUAUAUAUUCACCCAACAUAUCAGAAAGUUGAAAUUUUUGGAAUGUAUCAAAAGUAACAGCAUAAUAAUUUGAUGUACAAGAACAACAGUUGUAUAACCAAUUUGUGUAUCAAUAUAUUGAAAGAUUUGAUGUUUAGUUUAGAGCAAAUCAAACGCCAUAAAACAAUAUUAUUGGUUGUUGGAAAACGUUUUCAGUUAAAACCGAUAACUUAUAGCAAACCUCAAACAAUUGUCAAUUGCUUUGAAUAAAAUGCCCAAUAUGUAGAAAUUCGAUACUUGUUCUCAUUUUCAAGCCAUAUGACAAUGGAAAUAAAAAU